CCCCGCCCUCAAGGGGCUUAAGUAUAACUGCGCGACCGUAGGACAAACCAGUACGUUGAGGCGCGGCAACGGCGGCCGGUUGGGAUGGCCACUGGCUGGGAGAACGUGUUACAGGAUGAACAACAGCUGGAGGAGCUGGCACGGCAGGCCGUGGACCGAGCCUUGGCUGAGGGCGUAUUGCUGAGAACCUCCCAGGAGCCCAACUCCUCAGAUGUGGUGAGCUAUGCCCCAUUCACGCUCUUCCCCUCACUGGUCCCCAGUGCCCUGCUGGAGCAGGCCUAUGCUGUGCAGAUGGAUUUCAACUUGCUAGUGGAUGCUGUCAGUCAGAAUUCUGCCUUUCUGGAGCAAACUCUCUCCAGCACCAUCAAAAGGGAUGACUUUACCGCUCGUCUCUUUGACAUCCACAAGCAAGUUCUGAAAGAGGGCAUUGCUCAGACUGUGUUCCUGGGUCUGAAUCGCUCAGACUACAUGUUCCAGUGCAACGCUGAUGGUACCCCAGCCCUGAAACAGAUUGAAAUCAACACUAUCUCUGCCAGCUUUGGGGGCCUGGCCUCCCGGACCCCAGCUGUACAUCGACAUGUUCUUGGUGUCCUGAAUAAGACCAAGGAAGCUGCCAAAAUCCUUCCCAAUAAUCCCAGCAAGGGACUGGCCCUGGGGAUUGCCAAAGCCUGGGAGCUCUACGGCUCAGCCAAUGCUCUGGUGCUCCUGAUUGCUCAAGAAAAGGAAAGGAACAUAUUUGACCAGCGUGCCAUAGAGAAUGAACUGCUGGCCAGAAACAUCCAUGUAAUCCGGCGAAGGUUUGAAGAUGUCUCUGUAAAAGCGUCUCUAGACCAAGACCGGAAGCUGUUUAUGGAUGGCCAGGAAAUUGCUGUGGUUUACUUCCGGGAUGGCUACAUGCCCACUCAGUACAGUCUACAGAACUGGCAAGCACGCCUCCUGCUCGAAAGGUCAUGUGCUGUCAAGUGCCCCGAUAUUGCCACCCAGCUGGCUGGGACCAAGAAGGUGCAGCAGGAGCUGAGCAGGGGGGGCAUGCUGGAGGCGUUGCUCCCUGACCAGCCUGAGGCUGUGGCCCGCCUUCGUGCCACCUUUGCUGGCCUCUACUCCCUGGACAUGGGUGAAGAAGGUGACCAAGCCAUCACUGAGGCCCUUGCUGCCCCUAGCCGCUUUGUGCUAAAGCCCCAGAGAGAGGGUGGAGGUAACAAUCUUUAUGGGGAAGAGAUGGUGCAAGCCCUGGAGCAGCUGAAGGACAACGAGGAGAGGGCCUCCUACAUCCUCAUGGAGAAGAUACAACCUGAGCCUUUUAGGAAUUGCCUGCUGCGGCCUGGCAGCCCUGCUCGGGUGGUCCAGUGCAUCUCAGAACUGGGUAUCUUCGGGGUCUAUGUCAGGCAGGGAAAGACACAUGUGAUGAACAAGCAUGUGGGGCACUUGCUGCGCACUAAAGCCAUUGAGCACGCGGACGGAGGUGUGGCGGCCGGCGUGGCAGUACUGGACAACCCGUACCCCAUGUGAGAGCGGUCAGGCUGGCCCACCUUCAUUCAAGAGACCUUCUAUUCCUCUUCUAGCCCUUCCACCUUGGGGGGCUGAUCUCUUCUUGAUACUUCAGGGUCUUCACAGACAUGUAAAUGCUGGGUGCCAUCAGCUCUCCCAUCUGAUGACCAGAAAAGCUGUUUCCCUUCAGAGAGAUCUAAAGCCUCCUAAGUCCUCAGGGUGUAGGUACAGUAAAGGGAAACACUCUGAGGUUAGGGUCCAUUGCCCUGUCAUCCUCCUCUCAGCCCUGUGUCAGCCUUUUAAACAGCUUCCCAUGUCUGACUUACGAUAGGACUAAGAAGAGGUACAUAGCCUUCCCCCACCUCUUCCUUAAAUAAAACUACAUU